UCCACAACGCAUCCUCCUGAACCACAUACUGGAAACACUGCUAUCCUGCCAUGUAGUGACCAUAACCAUUCCUGACUACUGCUUCCUAUAAUAACUUUCGACUGGCACUAUCGAAUUGCUGACUGCUAACUUCAAGUGAUCUGGCUUUGUUCAUAUUUGAGCUCUUCAGGCUGGGAAAACUAUGGGGAAAAUGGUUACGGAGAUUGUUGCUUUGCUACUUAGCAUAUCAGGCUGGGUUCUGAUCUCCUCCACACUGCCCACUGACUACUGGAAAGUGUCCUCCGUAGAUGGAACCGUAAUCACUACAGCAACCUUUUGGUCCAAUCUCUGGAAGACAUGUGUGACAGAUUCGACUGGAAUCUCCAACUGCAAGGACUUCCCUUCCAUGCUGGCUUUAGAUGCUUAUAUACAGGUGUGUCGUGGGUUGAUGAUCUCUGCAGUGUGCCUGGGUUUCUUUGGGGCCAUUCUGGCCCUAGUUGGAAUGAAAUGCACAAAGAUAGGUGGCUCUGAGACUACCAAGGCCAGGAUUACCUGCUUCUCUGGACUACAUUUUAUCCUCACUGGUGUCUGUUCAUUGGCAACAUGUUCACUAUAUGCUCACAGAAUAACCUCUGAGUUUUUUGACCCAUUAUUUGUGGCACAAAAGUUUGAGCUGGGGGCUGCACUGUUUAUUGGAUGGGCAGGAGCUAUCCUUUGCUUUCUGGGGGGCAGUAUCUUCUGCUUCUCAAUGUCAGAGGGCUUCAGCAUGAGAGAAUACACUUACACCGGAGUCAACUCUUUCAUGACAACUCGAAGCAAAAAUGCCAACAGUCCUGCAAGUUCUGAAAAAGAUGCAGCAGAUCAAGGCUACUCUGUGAGGCAGUUUGGGAGGAAUGCCUAUGUGUAAUAUACCUCCACAGGAAAAUUCUGUACAAAACUGACACUGAUGCAGCCAAUAAGAGCAAAUGCCUAUAUUAUAGGUUGUAAGAUGGACAUGCUUUAUGCACAACCAUAAUCACUAAGGGAAACUACCACAGAUAACACAUAGACCAUCACUAGAGCAAGAAGAUCUUAAGGCAUUUCGUACUUUAGCAUUAGUCUUUCUAAGAGCUAAUCUACUAAGUACUAACUAUCUAACUUUUCAUAUCUGUGUAUUUUUAGAUGUUUACAGAUAUUAAAGAGUUUGCAUAGAUUGCCCGGUCUGGAGUUACUAAAGCUUUCUUUGUAAUUUUUGGGACGAGUGGGGGAUGACUGGGGAAAAAAAAGGAUAAUAAAAGGCAGCAUAUAGUGAAGAUGGAAUGAGUCUUCUGUCUUUAAUGGAUGUGCCCUUUGCUGAAUUGAGACCCAAUAACCAAGUGAAGUGAUGACAGACAUUUAUGAUGUUGGUUCCUGUUGCGUACCUCCGGCUCCGGAACACGCUGUCUAGAUGCGGAAAUUAGAUCAGCCUAGUCACCUAUUCUUCGGGACCUAGCAUCUGUCUCCACCUCAUGAUCAAUGGAAACCCUAGACUUUGACCCCUGCUUCUCAUAGAUUUCUGGUGCGUUCCAGAGCUCUGCUGGGCUGGCAGCAUGGCCUUUCUUUCCACCCACAUGUUUCUGUGUUAAGUAUUCCAGUACUGAAUGUAGUGUUUAGUUAUGUAAUCUAAUAUAGUACACUGUUGUUGUGUUUAGUUAUGUAAUAUAAUAAAGUACAUUAUACUUUUAA